AUGGAGCCUUUCGUUUACGAUGAUUACUCCGACUUCGACACUGAAGAAUUGGACUUAGAACUACCGAGGAGGAGACUUAAUACCAGAUCCACUCCAAAGCGCUCUCUUCGCUCCGUAUCGCCCUUUGAAGUGAACGUGGACGAAGAUGCAAUGGAGAAAAUUCGAAACCGCGCACGCCAGGCAACGUCAGAAUUUCUGGACAGCUGUGACGCGAUACGUCAAAAGGCCAAAACCAAGGACAAAGACGCUCUAAGAAAGUUCGACGCAGCAAUUAAAAUACCAGUGAGUACUGUCCGUCGUGGUUCCUUGGGCCUUCCACCCAUGAUACCGCGAGCAAACCGAGAAGGCAGUUUGAUAACUGAUGCGAUUAUCAACGUAAGCUCACAUCUCCCAAUGCUUCAGUUUCUGUUCCUGCAUAUCGCUUAUCGACCUGCUUUAACUUCACUCUAUCGAACACCAUUUCAUUUGCUGUUGAAAGCAAGCUCAAUAUGGUUCCUAAAAUGUGCAAUUAUAUCAUGUUAUAGAGUCCGAAAUUUCCAUUCAUCUAAUAACGAGUUGCCAGCUCGGCGAUCAUCGCUUGGAGUACAUCCAUUCAAUAUUGCCCCCAGGGAGGGUAGUCCAAGUCCUCAGACUGAAACAGGUUUGAGAGGAAUGCCACCACGAGAUCUACGACAGGGUUCUAUCUUGCGAGAUCGUCAUCGAUCACCUCAUCUCCCACCAAUGGCAUCAGUGCCCCCACUUCCCCCUAAUGUCUCUACAACCCCAAUUGUUAUGAAUGAAAUCAGUGCUUUGGAAGCCUUCGCUAGAGAUACUCGGCCGUUGCACGAGAAACUGCCUAGAGGACCUCUGGUCCACUCUAGAUUUGUGAGAUCGGUCACUCCGAGAUUUCUCACUUCCCCUCGGACCUCACCUGUGCGAAGUGGAUCGUUGGCGCCAAGACCGACCACAGAAAGGGCUCACUCUAUCGGAAGUGGUGCUUCAACACCAAGAACAGGAUUUGAACCGACAAGAUCAGGGUCACGAAUUUCGAAGCUCGAACUUGAAACGGAUGUUCGUGAGCGCAUCAGCACUCGUCGUAAGAUGCGCGAUGUCGAGUCUCGGUUGGAUAGAAUUUUAGACUACGAGCUGCCUUACGCCUCCAGCUUUAAGGAAAUGCGUGGCACAUUGCGUGAUAUCAACGAUAAGAUGGCCAAGCAUCGCAUGCUCAUGGAUAGAUAUUCUGGAAUCCAAAUGGACGAGCUGAAUGAACCGGUGGCUGAGCGGGUUGCUGCCAAGGUAGAUGAACUCAUACCUAGAGUCCCCGCCUUGUCUGGAGUGCAAAAUCCAUUCAAACCACGAAGUGACGAAAUUACCAGCUCAUUUGACCCUCGUCUUAUUCCGGGCUACUCUACUGGACUGUGUGUGACUCCGAACGAAGGAACUCAAGAACUUCGAGGCCGUAUUCGCAGCCUGCUUUGCAGAACUCGGGAGAGCAGUCGUAAAGACGCGAACAAUCCGCAUUUGAGACUUUUCACCACCUCAAAUGGUCGCAGAACUGCAGCUGUUGCUGAUUAA